CAGAAGCUCGUCACGUGACCAUAAUAAACAAACAUGGCGGAAAGAAGUGCAAAACUGAAGGUUGCUUAGCCAUUCCAACCACAAUUUACAGCGAUCACCGCCAUUUCUUGUUUAGAUGAAGACCUGAUAGCUAGGCUGAGUGCAGGAUGGCUUCCUUAGACGAGACCCUGUUCGCCCUGCAGCAGCCUCUCUCAGACACGGUCGUCAUGGACUCCGCUCACGAGUCCGAGAGGAGCCACCGCAACCACAGCAAUGUCACCUACCAGUCUCUCAACCCACUCAACACCGACGACUCUGAGGAACUGUCUUGCAUCUGGAGGUUUAUAGCGCUGUGUUUCACCAAGGUGUGGUCGUCCGCCCUGGUUUUAGUUGUCAGUUUUGUAAUCCCCGGGUCCCUACUUUGCGUAGCGCUCUUGGCGUACGAGAAACCGGAGAUCGACAUCUCUCUCAAUGCAUUCCAAAUCCCCAACCACAUUACCUCGGAACGGGAGGAUUCGCUGAUCGCAGCGCUGAAGGAGUACAAGAACGCACGGUCUUCGGGGAGAAGGAGGCGGGACGCUGACCAAGAGGAGGAACUGCUCGCAGCAAACAGAUUUCUCAGCAAAAAUGACUUAGAAUCUAUACAGAAUCCAGAUUUCGUGGAUUCUUUGAGACUACAGAGGCUGCAAAGAACAGAGUCGCACCGCCAAACAAAAAGAGUAGCAAAGCGUGGAACGUCACAUUUUGUAGAUCUCAUGCAAGGGCUAUUCAAGACAUCAUCUCUAACUCAAGGAAACAAGCAGCGAGCUAGGAAAAGGUCGGCUGGCGAGCGAUAUUAUGAGCAACACAAGGAAACUUUUAGAAAAAUACUUGAUGGAAAGAGGGAAAAGGAAGACCAAGGUCUUUUGUCCAGAAUCAAGAGGAACUUUUCUCCAGGAGACAGGACAGGGAAUACUUACAUCACUGCAUACACACAAACGCAGCCCAAAUGGAGGAUGCAAAUUAUCUAUGUGGCACAAGGGGAGGACAAGGAGGACCUGAACAUCUUCACCCCCGAGCGUCUCAAGACAAUCCACAAGGUCGAACAGAAGGUCAUGACGCACACCCACUUCCAGGACUUCUGCUGGAAGCCGGUCUCCAUCCGGGAGGACAAGUCUCUGGAGAAGUACGACAACUGUGCCCCGCCCAACUCACUCCUCACAUACUUCUUCCCCACCAAGCGAGACGGGAAGGUGUGGUAUGACGGACUGGGGGAGAACCUGGCUAGUGUGAAGGGGAGUCUGAUGCUGGCGCUCACUCACCCUACGUUUUACUGGUUUGUAGAUGAGAGUAUGGAUGAGAAGAACCUGAAGAGUCAGAUCCUGAGGAGCGAGGUAACAUUUGGAGCACCGCUGAAGGGUUUCCGCAGUAAGUCUGACAGGAAGGAGGAACAGGACCAACAGUUCAAGGACUGGGUCAUCACGUACAUUGAUGUCCUGGACUCCGUUUCAACCAAGGAAGUUGGCGUGCUGUAUGGAGGUCCCGCCAUCUUCGACUACGAGGUCCUGACCACGUUCUGGAGCGACGUGAAGCUGGCACUGAUCAGCGUCUGUCUCAUCUGCGCGCUCGUCUUCGUGCUGACAUCCUUCUCCGGUUGGCUGACGCUGUUUGGGAUGUGCAGCAUCAUCCUCAGCUUCAUGGUGGCCUUCUUCCUGUAUAGGGUCGUGUUUCAGAUCAAGGCUCUCGGCAUCCUGAACGGAGUCUCCGCAUUCGUCAUCAUUGGGAUAGGGGUGGACGAUGUGUUUGUCUUCAUCAACACCUUCCGUCAGGCUGCACACCUGAAGGACCCCCUGCGGAGAAUGGCGCACACGGUGAAGACCGCGGGAAAAGCCACCUUCUUCACCUCCUUCACCACAGCAUCAGCCUUCGCUGCUAACAUGUUCUCACAGAUCCCGGCUGUGCAUGAUUUUGGACUGUUCAUGUCGCUGAUUGUGAGCAGUUGUUGGUUGAUGGUGGUGCUAGUCAUGCCCCCCACCCUCAACUUCUGGCACAGGCUCUUCUCAGCGUGUGAGGCUGCAUGUUGCACAGGGUGCUGUAAGUGCAGCUGUGCAGCUGCGGACAGCCUACAGCUGCCUCCAGAUGUGGAGUGCUUCCUGUCUUCCCAUGAUCCUCUGCAAAGGAGCAGCCGUGAGGACAGUGAGGAUGACAUCCCCAUGCUGAGUAUGGAGGAGAUCGGACUGGAAGAAGAUGCUCAGUCUGAUGAUGACGUAAUGCUCCUGGACAUGGACAUGGCGGACUUACCCAUUCUGCAGCCAGAGGGGGAGGAGCCGGCAGAUUCCAUUAAACAGGAGGGGUGUCAUCUGUCUGUCCGGCUACAGGGUCUCAUGUACCACUAUGUGGCAGUGCCUGUUGUUAAGGCUCGUUGGGCCAUCGUAGUUGUUUACAUGGCGCUGCUGGCCGGUUCCCUGGUCCUGGUGACCCAGCUGACCCCUGCCUCCCACCCUCCCGAGCUGUUCCAGCCCAACACCAACCUCCAGCGUCUCCUCAACAUGAAGAACAACUUCACCGAGGCGCUCGGCUGUACAGACUGCUCCGGGCUCUUUAAGGAUAAGAACAAGGUGGUGGACAGCACGUCAGACAAGGUCACCAAGGCCAUGUCCCCAGAUAACCCAGCCCCCAUCCACGGACCACAGAAGCCAUUCACAGAAACCAGACAGACGGGCCAGCAGCAUGUCACGCCUUCUGUUGGUACUGCAGGCUUCAUCUCAAAUCGGUCCAUGUCUCCUCCCAUACCCACCACCACCCUACCUACAACUACCACCACUACUACUACCACUCAUAGAAGUACCACUGUGAAAAGGAGUGCAGACGAUAGUCAUGGCUGUUCUGCUGAGUGUGCUGCGGCCGGCUACAGUUGUGUCCCAUACAGGAGACGUUAUAUAUGUUGCUCCCUGAGGUGCUACGGUGGUGGUCGCUGUGUGAUCCGCAGCGGGAAGCCACAGUGCCUAUGUCCCCACUGCCCAGACGGCGCCGCCACGGAGAGCGACAAGGUGUGCGGGUCGGACGGGAUCGUGUACAAGAGCAUGUGUGAGCUGAACGUGUUCUCCUGCCGCUACAGUCUGGACAUCCACCGAGACAACAGCUGGGAGACUUGUAAAGCGCGCAGUGACAGUGACGGGACGGUGUCGGUCCACCCGACCCAGCCGUCGGUAGACCAGGACUUUGACCCCUGCACCCAGGUGGACUGUAACCCCGCCCCGCGCCCCAUGCUGCAGAUCUCUGCUCUCGUGUUUGUCGUCUUCGGCAUCAAGGGUGUCGACAGAACCAACGUGACAGCGGAACACGUGUUACAGGAUCAGUCAAACCUGAACCAUGAAGUACAGGGCUGGUUCAGUGCAUUCUGCCAACGUUGCUCCCUGAGGUGCUACGGUGGUGGUCGCUGUGUGAUCCGCAGCGGGAAGCCACAGUGCCUGUGUCCCCACUGCCCAGACGGCGCCGCCACGGAGAGUGACAAGGUGUGUGGGUCGGACGGGAUCGUGUACAAGAGCAUGUGUGAGCUGAACGUGUUCUCCUGCCGCUACAGUCUGGACAUCCACCGGGACAACAGCUGGGAGACUUGUAAAGUUAUUCUUCUUGUAUCCUCUCCUUCGCCAGAGGCGGAGCGUUACCUGCAGACCCUGAUGCCUGGUGGGAAGGCGUUUGAUCAGUACCCGUCCUGUCAGGACCUGCCCAAACCUAACCUGGUGCACGGGGAGACCACCAAGGCCGCGGUCGGCAUCAUCGGCCGAGAGGUCAGAUGGGUCGCCAUGUCCUUCGAAUCAACCACCUACAAGGGCCAGUCCUCCUUCUCCUCCUACCAUGACUACCAGGCCUGGGAAGCCUUCCUGAAGCAGGAGAUCGACAAGCUUCCCGCCAACUCCGGCCUGAAGUCUGGCUUCCAGACCUGCGACUACUGGAAGGAGAUCUUCAUGGAGAUUGUGGGAGUGAGCAGUGCCAUCUACGGGCUGGUGCUGUCCAUGGUCAUCUGUAUCCUGGCUGUGGUGGUGUUCACUGGACAUGUCAUGCUGCUGUUCAUUGUGUUCUUCACUAUACUUGGAGUGAUUUGCAGUGUAGUAGCUGUGUUCUUCAUUGCUGGGUGGCAGAUUGGUGCAGUGGAGGCCAUUUCUCUCUCCAUCCUGGUUGGGUCAUCUGUGGACUACUGUGCACAUCUUGUAGAGGGUUACCUUCUAGCAGGGAAAAACCCACCCAGCCAAGCUCUACAGUCCAACGCACAUUUACGGCGCUGGCGAGCAAAGGUUGCCGUCAGCCACAUCGGUGUGUCAAUCAUCAGCAGCGCCGUGACAACCAUCAUCGCCGCCAUCCCUCUCUGCUUCACCACCUUCGUCCCGUUCUCCAAGUUCGGCGAAAUCGUCGCCAUCAACACCGCCAUGUCCAUCCUGUACGCGCUCACGGCGUGCACCGCAUUCCUUGCUGUAGCGGCGCCGGCGAAGUUCCAGAGCACCUGGAAGGCCUCCCUGAAGGCUCUGAUUGGUGCAGCUGUCGUCCUAUCACUGGCAGUGCUGGCGUGUUACGUCGCGUACAGAGAAGGUGUGGUCAUACCCGGGCCUGACGGGAACUCACUGUUCCACUGACAGGGUAGCUAGAGAGAACCUGGUAUCCAACCCAUUCUAGCUCCAGUUCACUCCAACAAUUACUUCAGUCUAUGCAACAUAGUCCAGCCCGCUUCCCUAUUGUAACGUUUAGUCCUUACACUGUACAUCCUGCUUUUUUGGAGGGGGGAGAAUCAAAUAUUUUACAGCAGUGUACCAGGGAUCAGACUUCAAAAUGCUUGUUCGAACCCCAUUACCAUAAACUCACAAGGACAGUAUGACUCAGAGCUAUCGUAGGCAAAAAUUCAAAUGACAAUCUUUUCUCUAUUACGAUGCCUUGGACUUUUCUGUACAGACGUCGUUAGAGAAGCAAACCAGAGUUAGAGUAAGAUGGGUACCAGGCUUAGGUAGGGGUUAUCUCCAAGCAGAUAGAGGGAACAGAAAAACAUACAGACCACUAGAGAGACUGUGCACUUUCAAUUAUGGUGUGCUUUUAAGUUACCUAAAAUGCUAUAUAUUAUUAAUAUAAUAUAUAAUUACGUAACUUCCAAAAAUUAAAAACCCAUCCCAGACCUUUUUCUAUGUCUAACUUCCCUCUGAGUGAAUAGGAGGAUCCAGUAUUUUUUAGUUGUGAAACCAUUGCUAAAUUGCUUCAACCAAUUCAAAUUUGGUGAGGGGCUUAGACCACAGCGGAGUGAGUUCAAACAAGUUAGAGCUAUUUGGAAUGAAGCCACAGAUUGAGGUAAACCUUGCUGCAACGCAGUUCUACUAUUCCACAGUCAUGAAUUUGAAUAGUAUGGAGAGAUGGGAACUUUUUCAAUUGGCUUUUCCUCUUAGUCAACAAUGAAAUAUUAUGCACACAAACUGGUACAAGGGCUACUUAACACAGACCCUAAAGCUAAAGAUUUAUACUACCAGACACUUAGAAGAUACAUUGUACAUCUUGUGUUGCAGUCAGUGGUAAAUUGUAAAGGUUUUGUCAGUGCUAUCUGGUACAUUGGACAAUGUGGUGCGAGUGUCAAAGGUAAAAGAUAGUACAUUUAGCUUUCCAGGUAUUGUGUAAUGUAAAAUCCAGUCAGGAAGACACCAAUGGAAUUGGGAUAUGUGUAGAAGUAGGUACAGUACUUAAGAGAGUAUCAGAUGAGAGAGAGUUUUGUAGACAAUGUGAAGUGUGGAUGGUUUUCGCUUGAUGUCAAAUAUUGUGAGCCAGUUCUGAACAAAAGGAAGAUGUCUAGUAUUCAAACUGUGUUUAAAACUCUCAUUGAAGACCAUUUUCUUCAUUGAAUGCAACUUUUACAUAGCAUAGGCUGGCUAUAGGGCCUAAUUGCAUACUUCUAAUUGGUCAGCUUAACUUGAGCCAGAGUUUUUUAUUGGCCAGUAUAUACCUGACUUCACUGAUAGUUUUACCCUAAGCUUGGUUUAGCUUGCAGUUUCAUCCAAUGUGCAAUUUGCUGCUGUAAGCACAUAUUGGUAUCAGUAGU